ACGUAUUUUAUUAUUACAUAGGUCAAACUGUGUAAAAUUCACUUUCAUAAAACAAUUUUAGUGAUGCAGUACAUUUGAAUUAGGCUUAUAGUUACUUUGAGCCUGUUGUGGCAAUUUAAUGUCAUGCAGUACCAGUAAAUGUAUUUAUGCUUACUGACAACUGUUAUUGCCACCAAUAGCUUUCGACAAGGCUAUUUUCUCUAUGAGAUGAAAUUGCAGUUAGGGCUGUACACAAAUUAAAUUUAUUCUUUGUAUGAAUUGUAGCAACAUACAACGAUGCAAGAGAGCAUCUUCGAAAAGCUGAAGAAACAUCAAACCUCGAAAGUGAAGAAGAAAUUGGGGUGAAGAGAAAAAGGAAGGCAAAAGACAUAAUGUUGCCAGGAGAAGAAUCGAGCGAUGAAGAUUACAUGCCGAAGAAAAAAUGUAAGACCAACCGUGUCACAGUUCAUCUGUAUCCAUCUCUUGAUUCUUUUUCAGCUUCAUUCUCAUCCUCACCAUCUACUGGUAUGGAAGUUUGUGAAAUGUGGUCUUCCAUCCCUCCAAAUUCAUUAACUCCUAGGCCUAGUUCAUUCUCCAAUGCCAAAAUUCCUCCAGCACCACUUGCUUCAGCACCACUUGCUUCAGCACCACUUGCUUCAGCACACUGCCCGAGAAAAGAAAAAUCUGCACCACUGGAUGUUGAGCAGAUCUGGCUCAUUCUUGGCCAGUUACAAGCUGCAGCAGCUAGCCAAUCUGAGGAAAUCUCUCAGCUGAACAGAAAAAUUGACCUGUUAUUGGCUCGAGGAUGUGUCAACAGUACUUAUCAGGAGGCGGAUGAAAGUAAUGAGCAGGUACUAAACAGUCUCCCUUUAUCAUCAAUGGAAGAAUUUGAUGAAUUUGAGGAAAAAUUGAAACAACAGGAAUUCAAAAGUCUUGUGGUGAAGUUACUUGCAGCCCUUGGUGGUAAAGAUGCAAAAUUGUUAAUGUUCAAUUGUAUGAAAUGAUGCCUGACGUCAGAGAUCGGAAUGAAGUUUUCAUAUACAGGAAGGCCUCCAAAAGACAAGAUGAAAGAAAGGAAAAGAGCGUUCUGUUCAACCUUGCUUUGUGCAGCAAUUCAAAGUUCAGUCAGAAAAAUAUUUCCUUUGACAAGCGAAGAACAGUUUAAAACAAACAUAGGACACUGGCUUCAACAGUCAAAAAACAGAAGUCAAACCCCACGGACCAUUAUACCGGCAGAAGCCAGUGAUUUUUGAUCCUGCUCUGGUCUGUGUGCUGAGGCCGGAGGGGCUUCCGAAUAAUUAAAUUUUAAACAGUUUGAAAAUAAAAAU